AUGACGCGCCGCUAUAUACCUCCUGAGACUAUUAUCAUCGGCAUUGAUUUGGGCUUAACCUUUACAGAUAGAUGGCCAGGAACUACGAAGAUAGCAAAUAAAGUGCCAACAAAACUCUGGUACCGAGCGGGCUGCAGGAAACCCAUAUCAUGGGGAUUCGAUGAACCGGAUGAGUUGCAUCCUGGAAUGGAUGUGGUGGAUUGUUUCAAACUAUAUCUUGACCCUGACUUUGAUUUUGCCAAUAGAGCUGAGAUGUUCUGGACACAUGAAGAUGUUCAGACAUGGUUUGUCGAUUUCUUUACCGCCCUUCGACUACACAUCAUCCAAUAUAUAAGAAAUUCAGAGUACCUACCUUAUCCGGUGGUGAGCGAUUGGAGACUACACCCAGUAGAAUACGUUUUUAGUUUCCCGACAACCUGGCAAAAUCCAAAGGUGGUUGAUGCAUUUUGCGGAAUUGUGAGGAGUUCUGGUUUUGGAGACUGUGAAGCCCACUCAGUCGAGAUUAAGCUGAAUGAAGCAGCAGCAGCAGCAGCUUACUCAGCCAAAACCUUUAGACACCAACGGGCUGUCCACCACCGUGAAGGAAGCAGGGAGCUUCCACCUAGGAAGGAGAAGCCUCUUGAAGUUGGCAGCGUAAUUCUUAUUUGCGAUGCUGGAGGCGGAACCACUGAUGUGGCCGUCCUCAAGGUUUCAUCAAUCGAGAAAUAUACGGUUCGAGGUCAGCGAGAAGAUGUGCUUCAGUUAGAGCAGCUCGACUGCGUCAGCGGAAAACCAUUUGGUUCCGUGCAGAUCGACCAGGCGUUCCAAAGGGAAGUUGAAAGCCGUUUGGAAAGGAUCCAUUACGAAAGUGAUGACCACCAUUGGUCUCCGAAGUUUGCAGCACACAAAUUGACAAAAGGCGAUUUUCAAGCCUUCAAGUUGAAUUAUGGGUGUAGAGUAAUGACAGCCUUACGGAAACGUGCCCUUCGCAUCCCUGACCUUCCAAUAUCCUACAGCAGCCCAGAAGCGGGUAUCGAAGAUGGAAGGAUAGUACUGGAAGACCAAUUAGCGGUCUCCUGCGGACUAGUAAUCGACCGAGUUCACCGUUUGAGGCAUGGACACUCCGUCCUAUCCACUCGCUGUAGUUCCAGCUCCUAUGGCAUAGUGGUCAAUACCAGAGUUCGCACAGGUAAAGCUCCUCCCAGCUACAAUAGCCAUGUGAAAAUAAGCCCCUAUGAUGGGAGGCGGUAUAUCGUCAACCAGGUCCAAUGGCUUCUCGAACGAGGUCAAAUUAUCCAACACCGAUACAUAUGCCAGAAAUUGGAUAGGGUUUUCGAAGCAACCAGUUCCGAGAUAGACUGGAAAAUUUUGAUCGCCAUGUCCAGGUCUCCUGCUGCCCGCCUCCCACAUACAAUCGACGAAGGUGAUGCUUGUGUCAUAUGUGAGAUCGAGUCAAGAGUAGGCGGGGAACUUCUACGACAGCAUGCCCAGCCUGCUAAACAGAAGCGGUGGAGCUCAAUCCGGAAAGCAGAACUUCAGAAAAUCCAGUAUGAAGUGCGUUUAUACAUCGAAUCGUCGUGCCUGACAAUCAAAGUCUGGUUGGGGGAUCAGGUGAUCGGGAGUAGUGACGAGAUUCCCGUCGCUUGGCAGUAUACCAGCAUAGAUGAGGCUGACAACGAGGAGACCCAAACUGAAUGUCCAGUGGAUUGGUCAAAUUGUGGACUUGCGAAGGAGGUUAAAGAUGACACCUGGCCUACAUUUCUUCGUUGAGUAAUUGAUGCUUCUAUAGAAUGGGUUUGAGGAUAUGGCUCGGUUGUAAUUCCGGGACCCCGACGACCCGGCGAAAGCUUAAGGUGUGAUAUUCGAUGGAAUCUUUCGAUGACCUAUGAGGAGAAUACGAGCGGUUUUUGGUUGAAAAUAAAA